UGGUUCCUGGUCGUCAUGGCAACACCAAGCUCUCCGGGGCUAGUCCGUCCACGCUAGCAGUUCGGUGUUCGGAUCCAGAGGCUCUGACGUCGAGCAGCGUCAUGUCUGAGCUGCUGAAAGACAAACCUCAGAGACGAGAGAAGAGGACGCUGAAGGUUCCCUCAGAGGCAAGUCAUGGAGUCAGAGGCAAGGAAACCACUGGCAGGACUAAGGACUCCGUGAGUAUUGUGUCAUCCAUCGAUGAAUUUGGACACCACGAUGACGCUCGGAUGGUUGUGAAAAUGGAGAACACCUACCAGACGGGACCUUCUAAACGCUUCCCUGUCCCUGCUGUCACAGACAUACUGAAGGACGUACUCACCACUUACCUCCAAGAAGAGAGAUAUGAAGUGGAGUGGUCCCAAAAAAUGACCAAAACAAUAUGUGAAGUGAUACGAGCCCGUGUGAAGGAUCUCAUGAUUCCCAGAUAUAAGGUGGUCGUCCUGGUCCACAUCGGCCAGCUCACUGGGCAGGGCAUGCAAAUCAGCAGCCGCUGUCUGUGGGAUACAGCCAGCGACACCUUCGCCAGCUAUUCUUUCAAGAACAGCUCUCUGUUUGGAACGGCAACUGUCUAUGCUGUUUACUUUGAAUGAAUCCCUGACAUUUUGCAUGUCUGACUGCUCUUUAUCAUUGCUGUUUAUUUUGUCUUUGUGUGUACUGAUGAAACAAGAUUCUUUUCAAAACCA